CUUAUUAUCAUUGGAUAAGGUCUAGAAUAUGCACGCAUCUCCCACAAAAAUCCCGCAAAACCUCUAAAAAUUCCCAAAACUUAAAAAAUUAAAAAAAAUCAAAAUAAUAGAGGGGGAAAGGGAAUAGCUUGCAGCUCCCAUCAAAAGAGAAAUGAGCUCCUCCUCCUCCUCUUUGCUUUCUGGGUCUGCUGCCUCCCAAAUUUCCUCAUUCCCCAUCAAACCUCAGCGUCCAUCUCCUCUCUCAGCGUUCAGUUGGAGACUGCGAAGGGAGCAACUAGCAUAUACUGGUCUCCAGAAAAGAAAUCAGCAUGUGAUACGGGUUUUUGCUACUGCACGUACACCGCAAGGAAAGCGUACUAAAGGCAAUGACAUUAUCAUGGUUGAUCCUUUAGAAGCCAAGAGGUUGGCAGCCCAACAAAUGCAAGAAAUUAAAGCCAGAGAGAAACGCAAAAGACGACGACAAAUUGAGGCCAUCAAUGGAGCAUGGGCAAUGAUCGGUCUCACAGCAGGGUUGGUCAUCGAGGGUCAAACUGGACAUGGCAUGUUGGCUCAGGUGGCAGGAUACCUGGAGGCCAUCACAGGCUUAUUCACUCGAUAGCAUGCUUACCUCCUAAUAGUGUACAAUUCGCUGGUGAAACUAGUCAUUUUUUUUUAAUAAAAGAUACACGAUGUUAUAUUAGUUUUUUCGCCUGCUGUUCUGAAUCCUAGCAGAAUACAGCAUGUGAAUGAUAAAUUGUAAGAAUUUCUGUUCUAUGUGAACUACAGGCUUCACUAACUUGGAGGUGCCUAUCGUUCAAAAUAUAAUCUAGUGUUCUAUGUUCUUUUUCUUGCA